UAUCAUCCCUUUCUACAGCAAGCAUGCGACCCAUAUCAUCCCUUUCUACAGCAAGCAUGCGACCCAUGGAUAUCAAUUCCGCUCACUACUAUGAAAAAGUAAUCAGUGUUAUAACAAAGGAACCCAGUGACAGAUCAAAUGGUGAUAUAAACCAAAUCAAAUCAUGGUUUCAAAAGAAGUCGGAUUUAUUUAACCAGCUGAAUGACGAAAUAAUCCACGAUUUGGUGAAAAAUUGUGACUUUAUGAAAACUGAACGUGACUUUCUUCUCAUCGAGCAAGGUGAAAAAGGCGACUGCUUCUUCAUUAUAUUAAAUGGAUCAGUAUCUAUAUAUAUAAAUACAACUCUGGAACUAGAAAAGGAUUUACCAGAUGUCUCCAGAAAUCCGGACCCACUAGAAGAAAGGAGAGCAAGCAUGGGUAAAUUAGAUGACGAGAAAAUAAAAGAAUUAGAUCGAUCAAAGUAUGGAAUAUACGUUGGAGAAAUAGAAUGUGGCAAAAGCUUCGGAGAACUUGCACUUAUAAACGCUGAUUGCGUUAGAAAUGCAACAAUAAUUGCAGAUGAGACUACAGACUUGAUUGUGAUUGGUAGAGAUCUCUAUAACAGAUGUAUAAAGUCUUUCCAUGCUAAGGAAUUUGCGGAAAGGAAACAGUUUGUCGAAAGUAAUCCUAUAUUUGACAAAUGGCAUCCGAAGUACAAAAAACAAAUGGCAAUGAGCUUGAAGAAGGAGAAAUUUCAUUUUGAAAGCGUCAUAAUAAAGCAAGGAACACGGUUUGAUGGUUUACGCUUUAUAAUCAGUGGACAGGCGAAAGUCAUAUCAGAUCCAUACCAGCAUUCUACGCAAUAUUCUCACUACUAUCCUUUACCAGAUAUUGAAGACUUGAAGAAAGAAGAAGCACGUGAAUCACUCAGAAGGGAACUAAGUGCACUUUCACGUGCCGAUGUUUUAAACCAAAAGGGUACAAGCCGUCCGAAAUCGUCUCUUAAUGUUGUAACGAACAGCGAGUCCUCCUCCCCAAGAACGAGAGCAACGAGUGGUAGACGAUCACCAAUACCAACACGUCGUCAACUAGAAUUCUGUUUGAUAGCAUCUCAAGAAAUACUAGGUGAUUUUGAAGUUGCUAUGAAUUUGAAUACAUUUUCAUAUUCUGUUACAUGCAUGGAGGAAACAGAAAUAUAUGUUUUGAAUCAGAAAAAUUUUGAAAGGUUAAUCGAAAAACGAAAUCCUCAAGUGAUUAAAAUGAUCAAGAAUUUCGUAAUGGAGAAAUACUCUGUUCGAAUGACUUGGAUGAAAGAAAAGAAAGAUAUUCCUUUGUUUCGUUAUUUACUGUAUAAGACUGAAGAGACAGAACGAAAAAAGAAACUAAGAAAGUGAAAGACACAUGAUUAUGAAAACGAUUAUAAAUGUUCUAGGUCUACAUUAAACAUUUCAUUAUACUUUUACAACAUACUUCUUAUAGUUUGGAAGAAUGCAGAGGAUGAAUUAUAAUAAAUUACUAUUACUGGA